CUUAAGCGAGGCCCCGCCUUGUCCAAGUUUGCAGCUGCAAUGGAAGGCGUAUCCAAUUAAAAUCACAGCCCACGGCAACAUAUGACGUCACCCGUGCUACUGUCCAAUGGCAAGCGUGUUACGUCGAGCAGAAACUUGGCCAGCCGGAUGUUCAAGAAGUGCCGAGUUCCUUGCUGGGUGCGACGACACUGUAAGCUCUGGGAAUUUGUGUGUGAACCAUCGUAGUGGUGGAAAAAGUUCGUGACCCUUGCUGUGUGUGAGUGCUAUCGUCAUUCUGUUGGAUACUCCGAACGCUUUCACGACAUAUCGCUGGAUUUCAACGUGCGACAGGAUUUGUGGCGACACGCCUCCUUGGGUCCCCUUGCUUCAGCAUGCCUCAGAUGCUGGUGGAGUAGACAGUCACCUUUGUGAUUUGGAAGGCGGGAAGCUGAGCAUGGAGGUCUUGUGCAGCACGAACUACAUAGCGUGAGGUCUCCUCAGGACAGCUCGGCGUUGAACGAGACAGCGACAACACCUCAGGGCGACAUGGUGUCGACGCAGACAGUGAUGCCACCUCCCGCUCCUCCUCCUCCCGUCAGCACGUCGAUGAGCAUCCAACAGCCGGUAAACAAUUCACCAUCCCCCGUGGGAGUGAUAGCAGGGGCAGCAAACUCGGUGGCUGCAGUCUCCCAGGUGCACAGCCAUGUGACCACCUCUGUGCAGCAGCCUUUGUCCCAGUCCCCCAUCAGCAUGGCCCAGACCUCCAUCAACGUCCACCAGGGACCCAUCAGCGUGCCCCACUCCCAGAUCAGCAUGCCCCAACAUUCAUCCACGUGCACAGUCAUCCCUCAGCAGACGAUCCAGAGCAUGGCCCAGUCCCAGCUGCAACCCGUAAAUAACGGAUACAAAAACUGGAACACAAUGGACAAGGAUUUUGCUGCUGACCAGGAAACACCGUCCUGCUUCCAGGUACAAGUGAUUCAGCAACCGCUCCACAACCAUGCCUACCUUCCCCAGCUGUACUCCGCGGCUCAACAGCAGAUGCUCCUUCCCGGGAACCUGACCCUCGGCCACCACGGGAUGAGCGCCCUGCAGGGCAUCAACCUGCAGCUGCAGGGGAAGCCCCACGGGUCACCAGUGGAUCCCACCAAGGCGGGACAGCCAGGACAGCACGCAACGGCGACUGCCACCAUAAUCCCGGCCGUGUCCAUAGCCGGCAUGGCACAGACUGGGGCUAAGGGUGUCCAGGGUGUAACGAUCAGCAGUGCCCCUACGCUGGUGUCAUCCAACGGGCAGCUGGUAGCGGGAGGGAAGCCUUGCCUUCCGGGGGGUCAGAUGCUGGCAAAAGGAGCGACGGCCAUGAUGGGGCCAGCCGGUUAUGUUCCUUCUACCAGCACGGCAGCCCAGCACCAGCACAAUCCCCAGCACCAGCAGACGCUGGUCAUCAACCACCUGGGGUUGCUCUCCAGCCAUCAGGGCCUGCUUCCAGCACAACCCACACAGGGUGCCAAGGCCAUGGAACAGCAGAAGGGCAAACCCUAUUGUGAUGUCCUUUCGUUUCCUGGCCAGAUGGUUAAGCAUGCGCCUAUGAUGUCCCAGAAGGUCCCCACUUCCUAUUCUCAGGUCAUGAGCCAGCAGACACCUCUGCAGCCCAAGUCCCCGCUGCUGACGACUCAGGCAACAGCUGGCGGACCAACACAGGUGCAGCAGGGGGCAGGAGUAACCACGGCGCAGGUGCUCAACCCAAACCAGUUCAAACAACUCCAGCAGGGUUCACAGCACCAGCUGAUAUCCAGUCAGCCGCCGGCGACUGUCAUCAGCCAGGCUCAGUUGCUGGGCUCCCUGCAGGCCCUGAAUGCAACAUUUCCGCACGGAAUCACCUGGGCCAAUCCCGGUCAGCUGCAGUCUCCCACGGCCGCUCUGCUAACAGCUCAGAACCCCAUCUACAUCCGCAGCCAGCAGCCUGACAUGUUCCUGCAACAAGGUGGCGCCACGCUGCACGCUGUGCCCGUGGCGGCUCCCGUCGCCCCACCUCAGCAGCAGCAGCAGCCGCAGCAGGUGGCUCCACAACCUCAACCUCAGCAGGCUCCUCCCAUACAGCCUCAACCCCAGCCUCAGCAGCAGCAAGCUAUUCAGCCGCAGCAACAUCCGCAUCAGCAACAUCCGCAGCAACAGCAACAACAGCACAAGCCGAAACAGGUUCGACCCGCCAGCUCUGUGGCGACACAGACGGCGACCUCCACGGCAGUCACCGUCAACUCUCAUGUCGUUCCAUCACGACCUCAGGCUAAGCCACGUGCCAGAACCCAGACGAACCGGACCUCUCCCGGACCCGGUCACCAACAAGCCAUCAUCCACACCCAGACCGCCAACACCCAGACCCAGACAUUCCCAGCUCAGCAAAUGCAAGCCCAGCAGCAGCAGCACCAUCAUCAUCAGCAUCAGCAGAAUGUUCAGCACCAAUUCCAGCAUCAAAUGCAGCCUCAGCACCAGCACCAGCAGCAGGUACACCACCACCAUCCGCAGACAAUGCCCAAGGCUGACGCGGCCAAUCAGACAGCAGUGGCUCCUCAGCAGGCUGCACAGCAGCAGCAGCAGCAACAACAACAACAACAACAACAACAACAGGGCCUUCAGCAUCCUCAUCACCACCACCACCACCAUCACCAGCACCCACCAAUACAGCCACGGAUCUUACCCGAGAUGAAGAGCACGGCGACGCAGAGCAUGAAGACGAACGUUCCGAUUGAACCGAAACCGGCGCCGCAGCAGAGCCCACAUGUGACGACGAGUCACGUGGGCGUCAAUCACGGGCCCGGCAAUCACGCGCCCACGAGUCACGUACCAACCAGUCACGUGGUGAGCAGUCACGUGACCUCGAGCCACACCACGGCGAACCACGCAGUCGUAGCACCUCAGCAGAAGACGUGCGCAAACGUGCCAUCGCCUCCAAUCGCGGCACCUCCUCCGACGCAGGUGAAGACGUCGUCAGCCGAGGACAAAGUUGAGACGUUACGCCAUGCGCAGGUCUCGGCACCACCUGAGGCGGCCAUGCCGUACGACAAGCAAGGAGGACAGCAGGCAGAGAAGAUGGAUGCCAUAAGCAACGGAGGCGCAGUCACACCCCAGAUGACCAUGCUCACCGCGUCCGAGCCGGUCAACCAGUCACCGCAGAAGGCUGUUGUCAAGCCCAACGUCCUGACGCACGUCAUCGAGGGAUACAUCAUUCAGGAGGGACCUGAGCCAUUCCCCGUGAGUCGAUCCUCGCUGAUCGCCGAGUCCGAAUCUCCGAAACCAUCCGCCGAAAUCAACGGAAAAGUUAACGACGUAGAUGGCCUUCAACAAGUUGCUCAAGUUCCCGCCGAGGCAAAGACGGGAGAUCACGUUGAAUUGGGCACGUGCGAAAUGUGUGGCAAACUGGGCACAAAGGCCAAGUUCAAAAAGUCUAAGCGCUUCUGCUCAUCUUCUUGCGUCAAGCGCUAUAACCUUGCAUGCUCUGAGCGGCUGGGCAUUUUCACCUUUUCUCUCGAGCCCGAUGACGAUGACUUUCCAGGGAAAGUGACGAAGAAGAAGAAAGUUGGAAGGAAAAGUUGGAGGAAACUGCAAGGUGGCCGAACUCCAUCGUACAGUACAGACGAAUGGACGAAGCCACCAGGCCUGGAUGGCAUUACUCCGACAGAAACUGAGGCAAACGGCGGUAAAGGGGACGUUGAAAUGGAGACAGCGGCCGGCGACACCUGUGAGCCGACCUCUGUACCGGAAGGUGCGGUGUCCCCUGCCAUCCCAUCUCGUGACGAGAUGGAGGUGGAUGCUCCAGAACCAACUCCAGCUCUGCCAAGCAAGAGCCCACGAACAUGGACGGUCCAAGAAGUUGCAGACUACAUCCAGGAGCUGCCGGGUUGCACAGACUACGCGGAGGAGUUCCGAUCGCAGGAAAUCGACGGCCAGGCCCUACUUUUGCUCAAAGAAGACCACCUCAUGUCCGCCAUGAACAUCAAGCUCGGCCCAGCGCUCAAGAUCUGCGCCAAGAUCAACGCCCUCCGCGAGGAGCAGUAGUAGUGCGUCCCGGUGCGCGGUCAUCACCGAAUGUGUUCUGUGUUGAUGAAACCAUUGUGUCGUCACGAGCCAAUCCAAGCCCAGCACUGUUCCACAGGAGACCUUUCCUACACCUCGCGUUGGCGAACAGAAAAGUGUGACUUCGAGUGCACGAUUUAAUUUAUUUUGCGGUGACUUCGGUAGCGUAUGCGCGGCGGAGGAACAUUGUGGGUGCGUUGUUUUUUUGUGUGUGUUUGGAUGCGUGCCCUUGAAGGUCGCGUUGUAGACCAUGUAAAAAAAAAAGAUUCCGACGGAGAGCAGCUUCUUGAGGUUAACUGUUGUAACGCCUUUGCACGUUUUCUUGGAACUAUGUACAUAGACUCUUUUCUUUGGAACCUGGUUAGAGGUUUUAUGACGUGAUCGUUUUUCGUUUCGGUCCCAGACUUGUAAAUUAAAUUAAGAUUUACUCUGUGCAGGAUGUACAUGAAGCCUUAUUUCUUUUUUUAUUACGCUGCAGCCAUAGCUCUGACCUAAGUUUAGAAAAAUCGGAUACCCCGUAUUUAUUGUCACAGUGGCAAAGAGAUGUUAUGUAAUUAUGUACUAAAUAUGCUUUUGAAGAUGUUAAUAAAACGUCCUCCUCUUUAUAAUAUUGUA